AUGUCACUGAGUCAUGGCAAAUGGACACAAAGCAACCGGCACGGGAAGCGUCAGGACGCCUUGGUUACCAAGGCACAAAAUUGCACAAAAUCCGCAACUGGAGCGAUACUGGACUCACGUUGUUACCUGGAGGGUGGCGGCUCAGCAGAAAGUUUUUUAGCCGGCGAAGACUUAACGGUGGGCUCUAUCAUAGGCAAGCUGCGCAUUAAUGGUGAUCCCAAUGCGGACACGGGUGAUAUAAAUCUAUCGCUGAGAGAGAAGAACGCGCCUGUGGAGAUAGUGCCAGGCAGCAAGGAUCUGGCAUUGUCAGUAGAGCUGGACAAGGAGGGACUGCGCGGACCCUCGUCCAUCUAUGUGAAUGUCAUAUGCAUACGCAGGCGUUCAACGGAUCCGAGCUUCGUCAUACCCGUCAAUGUGCGCGUCACGGACGUCAAUGAUAAUGCGCCCCAAUGGAUUGGCACACCCUAUACGCUGACGCUAUCGGAGGUUACAGUGCCCGGCACGCGUAUUUUACAAGGCGCACGUGCCGAAGACGCCGACCAGCCAGGUCCCUUCUCCACUGUGGAGUAUCAGGUGCUGCCUGGGCCAUAUGCGGAGCUGGUGCAGUUUCUGAAUCCACUGGAGGGCACGCUGGUGCUCAAGCGCGCCUUGGACUAUGAGCAGCUGCAGAACUUUACCGUUAAGCUGCGUGCACAGGAUCAGGGCACACCGCCACGUCACUCGGACACGCUGCUGCGUGUGGUCAUUACCGAUGCGGACGAUCAGAAUCCCAAAUUUCAGCGCGAGUCCUACAGCGCCGAGCUGCCCGCUGAUGGUCGUGCCGGUGAGCUGCGUAUGCGCCCGGAACCAUUGCGAGCAGUCGACCAGGACGAGGGCAUCUGUGCGCCCAUACAAUACACCAUAGUGCAGUCCCAGGACACCAAAUACUUUCGCAUACAUCCGCAUAGCGGCGCCAUUACACUGCUUACGCCCAUUGGCUAUGCAGAUCUAGCGCACGGCGCCACGCUGGUGGUGAAGGCUACACAAAUCGACAAUCCCGAUCGCUAUGCCUUGACCACGGUGCAGCUCACGCGUCCCGGCACACACAGCGAUCUCAGUUCGCUGGCAUUUGUCCAAAAGCGUUUUGUCAUGCGCAUUCGCGAGGACACCGCUGUGGGCAAUCGCAUUCUGGCGCUGCCCACCAACAAGCCGGGCAAGCAUUUGAAGUUCACCAUAGCUGAUCCCAUCAAUUCGCAGUUCUUUAGCGUGGGCUCGCUGGGUGAACUGGUGUUGGCCAAGCCGCUGGACUAUGAAAAGAUGACCAAGCAUGAGUUUCAGGUUGUGGCCAGCGAUGGGUUGACCAAUAGCACCACGGCUGAGGUAACGCUGGAGGUGAUUGAUGUCAACGAUUGGGAGCCACGAUUUCGUGAAACGCACUACGAGUUUAUGGUGCCCAAGAGCCAGUCGCUACAGUCGCGCACAGACUCCUUUGAAGGUGUACUAAUAGGCAAGGUGGAGGCUGCCGAUGGCGAUCGCAAUGACAAGCUGGAGCUGACACUGCGUGGUCAACAUGCAGGUCUCUUUGAGAUUGAUAGCACGGGCAACAUUUACAUGCGUCCGGAGCAGCUGCAGAGCCUCAACGAGUCCACAGUGCAUCUGAUUGCGAUUGCCACGGAUUCGGGUGCGCCGCCGCGCAGCACCUCCGUGCCUGUGAGCGUAACUAUGGAGGGCUUAACGCUGGCGCAGUCCGGCUGGCAUAAUAGCAUGCUGGGCAUGUUUGGCAUGAUUGUGGGUCUGUUCCUGCUCAUCAUCAUGGCGCUGAGUUGUUAUAUUGUGCGCUCUAAGCAGCAGCGCAAGAACAGCCCGGGUGGCUUGGGGCUGGGGCGCAAUCGUGUGCAUAGUCAGGCGCACAGCAGUGUCUCCUCGGCGAAUCUGGUGACGCAUGAAAAGCUGGCGGGCAAUGGCGCCAGUGUAACCAGCGGUGGCGUCUCUGUGCUGCACAUGAAGCAUGCUGGCGGCAAUAUGACCAUGGCCAAUCCCAUAAAUAAUGGACUGCAUCAUGUGGGCAGUGGCGCCAGCAGCAGCAUGGCGCUCAGUAAUGCCGCCAGUCUGCUGGAGCGGGAGCGCGAACGCGAACGGGAGCGACAGCGGGAGAGCUAUGCAGCCACAGUGCGCAGCAUUGUAUCGCGCGCCUCUGCCAAUGGACAGCUCUAUGAAGAGGAUGAAAUAGAGCACGAUUCACUCUCGCAGCAAGGUCAGUCACAGUCACAAACACAAUCACAGCAGCAGCAGCAACCGACUACGCCUGAUAAUAACAACCGCAAAACGCUGUUGACUUCUUCCAGCGCCACAGGCGUUACCACCAUCUCGACUAUGGCCAAUGGCAAUGCUACAAACUUGCUAAGCGCUUCGGACACCAUGGGCUCGUCCGAGAACAACUUAACCGUCUACUUUUAGGACUUAACACUAGCACUGAACAAAUUGUAAAUAAUUUGCAACAUACUUAAUCUAUUUUAAUGCUAGCCUGUAAGCUCAUGUUAAAGUCCAAGUUGAAGUUCCAUUGUAAGUAGACCAAAUAUAGCAUUGUAAACAUUCAGCACUUGUAGCUCUAAGUCCUAACCGAUCGCAUUCCAAUGUACAAUUAUUCGC